GUCAUAACUCAGCAGUGUUUGGAGGCUUUAGCUUAUCUGCAUGAUUUGGGAAUCAUACACUGUGAUCUAAAACCGGAAAAUAUUCUUAUCAGAAGUUAUCGAAGAUGUGAGAUAAAGGUUAUUGACCUUGGAAGCAGUUGCUUUCAGAAAGAUAACCUCUCCCUUUAUGUACAAUCUCGUUCCUAUAGGGCUCCUGAAGUUAUUUUAGGCCUCUCAUAUGACCAGAAAAUUGAUCUCUGGUCACUUGGCUGCAUUUUAGCCGAGCUAUGCUCAGGGGAGGUUCUUUUUCCAAAUGAAGCAAUUCCAAUGCUGCUUGCUCGUAUGAUAGGAACACUUGGUCCCAUUGACAUGGACAUUUUGCAAAGAGGGCAGGAGACGCACAAGUAUUUUACAAAAGAAUACGAUCUUUAUCAUAUUAAUGAGGAAACAGAUCAACUAGAGUACAUAAUCCCCGAGGAAACAUCAUUGGAACAUCAACUGCAGGUUUCUGAUUCUGGGUUCGUUGAGUUUGUAAGAUACUUGCUAGAGACUAAUCCAAAGAGGCGCCCGACUGCUAGGCAAGCCCUCGAGCACUCAUGGCUUUCCCAGUCAUACGCUGUUAACUCCUUUUGAGAUUUUCAUAAAAAAAAAUGAGUUCCUAAACAUAGCCUUAACAUAUGUCGCCAAUUCUGACUUGGUCAAUACAUUGAUUAUCACUUUGUGCAUGUUGUAAAGUAAUGGUUUAGCAGCAAAUUUAUACAUUUCCAAGAUUUUGUAUAGGUUUUUAAAUGUCCUCUUCAAGAGAUUGUGGAAUGAUCUUUUUCGGGCAUGGGAUAAAAGAGGAGGUUUUGGUUUUGUA